GCGGGGCGCAGCGUUCGGGCUCGGGGUGUUCGGAGCCGCGGGAGCAGAGCCGGAAGAGCGGGAUGGCGACGGCAGCGGGCGAGGCGCGCCGGGUGCUGGUGUACGGCGGCAGGGGCGCUCUGGGCUCCCAAUGCGUGCAGGCGUUCCGGGCCCGCAACUGGUGGGUCGCCAGCAUUGACCUGGUGGAGAAUGAGGAAGCCAGUGCCAAUGUCCUCGUUAAAAUGACAGACUCGUUUACGGAGCAGGCUGACCAGGUGACUGCUGACAUCGGACAGCUCUUGGGUGCUGAGAAGGUGGAUGCAAUCCUUUGUGUGGCUGGAGGAUGGGCUGGGGGCAGUGCCAAGUCCAAGUCUCUCUUUAAAAACUGUGACCUGAUGUGGAAGCAGAGCAUGUGGACGUCCACCAUCUCCAGCCACCUGGCCACCAAGCACCUCAAGGAAGGAGGCCUCCUCACCUUGACCGGGGCCAAGGCCGCCCUGGACGGGACUCCUGGGAUGAUUGGCUACGGCAUGGCCAAGGGCGCGGUUCAUCAGCUCUGCCGGAGCCUGGCCGGGAAGGACAGCGGCAUGCCCGCCGGCUCUGCCGCCAUCGCCGUGCUCCCGGUUACCCUGGAUACACCGAUGAACAGGAAAUCAAUGCCCAAGGCCGACUUCAGCUCCUGGACGCCCUUAGAAUUCCUAGUUGAAACCUUCCAUGACUGGAUCACGGAGAAAAACCGACCAAGCUCAGGGAGCCUAAUCCAAGUGGUGACCACGGAGGGGAGGACGGAGCUUACCCCAGUGGGUUUUUAAGCUGCAUUUUGUUGGCCUAUGAGGGGCCUGUCAGAAAAGUCAUUAAUCUGUUAACAUGGCUGUGUCCAGCCCUGUGUUUUCUGUCAUCCUGUUCGUGGUAUGAGAUAGUGAGCCCUGUUUUCCUCUCAUUUAACGUGCAUUUGUUCUCCUAGGACAGUGUAGAAGGGUUGUGUGGAAUAAAAACAUGUGGGGGCCUCGGGUAGCUCUGUUGGUCUGUGUUAACCGCAGAGUCUGGGCGGUCUCAGGAUGGCCCCCCGGCAUCAGCGUCUUGUUGAGUUGCUUCGGAGACUCGGUGUGUCCCCGCCCGUGGCUGCUGACCUGACUAGUUCAGAGACUUGUUGGUAUCGGGGACGUUUGGAGCCUGAGUUAUUUUUGAACGUUAUGUUUAUGUCACGGAUGUAGUUUUUAUAGCCUCGAAUUAAUCUGCCUUAAAACUCCUUUUGUGGUGUAAACAAAAUCCUGUGGACUCUGUUAAAGCUUCUUUUUCCUGUGCAGUUGCCAAGUGGGAAGAGAACUACUUGUGAUUGUUUGGAGUUGAUCUUCCUAAUAAAUGUACUUCACUUA